AUGAAGAAAGGAGCAUUUGGAUUAAUGAAGAAGGUGAUGUGUGAUUUGAGGUCAAAAACAAAAUCCAUGAAGGCCCAAUUGGUUAUAAUGUCACUUGUGAUGAACAAAAGGUAUAUGAUGUGUUCCAUUUCUCACAAGUUCAAAUCUUUUUUAAGGCAUCAUUCUCACCCCAAAGAAAAAAAAAGUGUUUUUGGUCAUGAUAAUGAGCAUAACAAGCCCAUUAAUGUGAUGUUGAUCAAUGACAACAAUGCACACUCCAAUGAGGCUAGUGAAAUCCAAGUAGUGGUUGAGGACAAAGAAUAUGAGAGUGAUUAUGAAAAUUGUUACCAUUCCAUGUAUGAUGAUGAUGAUGAUGAUGAUGAUGAUGGUGGAAAGUGCAUGGAUUUUGAGUCAAUUGAUUUGGUGAAAAGUUGGAAGGAAGAGUUGAAAGUGGAAGAUGAAAUUGACCAUUUAGCUGAACUUUUUAUCAAGAAAUUCCGUAGCCAAAUUCUCUUGCAAAAUCAAGAUUCUUUGUAG